AUGCCAACGACACCGGGUCCGAGCUCGACGGAUGCCGUCUCCACAGAGCAGCAGGCCAUUCAGGCCGUCAUGCAGGCGCUCAACACUCUGUACACCGACCCCAACAACCAGGCCAAGGCUUCUGCCAACACGUGGCUUCAAGACUUUCAGCAAACCUCGGAAGCAUGGCAAACAGCCAACUCCUUGCUGUUAGCUUCAGAGCUGCCGCUCGAGCCACGCCUGUUUGCGGCGCAGACGUUCCGCACCAAGAUCACUUUUGACCUUGAGCAGGUGCCGAGCCAGCAAAGGAUAGCUCUGCGUGACACUCUCCUCACAGCUCUAUUGUCCUAUGCAUCAGGACCUCGAGUGAUUCAGACACAGCUCAGCCUAGCUCUUUCGGGUCUCGCUCUCCAGCUCGACGAAUCCGAAUGGCCCACUGUGGUGCCAGAGAUGAUCGAAAGAUUUGGCUCUAGUCCAGAGACUGUUCCUAUCCUGCUCGAGUUCCUUACCGUGUUACCUGAAGAGGUCAUUGGCAAUAACCGCAUUCCUGUCUCGAACGAUUUCUACACGGCCCGAUGCCACUUUCUGCUUUCGGCUGGGGCGAACGAGGUUCUCAAAUUGCUUUCGAUGUACGUACAGGCCUCUGGCUUGACAUCGCAGAUCCAGACCGCCAUAUUCCAAUGUCUGCGGUCGUGGCUCAAAAGCGGAGAGGUGUCGGCAGGUCAGAUGGCUGAGACCACACUCUUCGACCUGUCCUUCGAUGCGCUCGCUUCGGACGAGCUGUUCGAUGUGGCUACGGAUGUAGUCUGCGACCUGAUCAACGAGACCCAAGAGGUGGAGGAAAACAUGCAAGUCAUCCAGCGAGUGCUAGCGCGCCUCCAUCCUUUGCGUCAACAACUGUCAUCGGCAGGCGAUGACGAGGACAAGGUACGAGGCCUCUGUCGCAUCUUUGUGCAGGCGGGCGAAGCGUAUCACCGCAUCAUGAUACGUCACCAUGACGAGUUGUAUCCUAUUGUGGAGGCGAUUGCCGAGUGCACGGCGUACCACGACCUCGACAUUGUUCAGAUCACCUUCCGAUUCUGGUACCUACUCUCUGGUGCGCUCUCGUACGCUCACAACCAGCCCGGAGCGCAACGGUUCUUUUCGAUCUACGAAAGAUUGCUCGAGGUCAUGAUCGGCCACUUGCGCUUCCCGGACGACCCUGAUACGCUCACAGGCCAGGAGCGCGACGAGUUCCGAUCCUUCCGACACUGCAUGGGCGACACGCUCAAGGACUGCUGCCAUGUGCUCGGCUCCCGGCAAUGUCUUUCCAGAUCGCUUGGGCUCAUCCAGACGACUAUCUCGCAAUCGACAGCGGAAACACUCAAGUGGCAGGACGUGGAGGCACCCCUCUUCAGCAUGAGAGCCAUGGGCGCCCAGGCUGAUCCACGUGACGACCAAGUUUUGCCGCAGAUCAUCAACAUCAUCCCCACGCUUCCUAACCAUCCGAAGCUCAAGUACGCGGGAUUGCUCGUAAUCUCGAGAUACACCGAAUGGAUCGACAUGCAUCCCGAGCAGAUCCCUGCGCAGCUUUCCUACAUCAGUGCUGGUCUGGCAGAAGCCGAUAGCGACGUGGUGGCAGCGGCUGCACAGGCAAUGAACUUUCUUUGCCAGGACUGCUAUCGCCAUCUUGUAGCCUACCUGCCUCAGCUGUACGACUUCUUUGGCUCUAUCAACGACAAGCUCGGUCCCGACGACCUUGUGUCUAUCUCCGAGGCAAUUGCCUAUGUGAUUGCAGGUGUGAAACCCAACGAGGCACCACAGGCGCUUAUGCAGUUCUCGCAGCCGCUGCUCGAGUCGCUUAGUCAAAUUUUGGCUAUCGACAAUCCGGGCAAGGACCAGUUGCGCAAAGCAGCUGACAGGAUGGAACAGUUGGAAAAGAUGCUUGCCGUUGUCGGAUCUUCGAUCACUCGCCAUCUUUCUGAAGCGUGCUCGACGACGUGUGAGGAGGCUUAUUCGGUUGUUGAUCGCGUGCUGGCCUUGCAUGGCCACCACUUUUUCAUUUCGGAGCGGGCAUGUGGGCUGCUGCGACGUGGCCUUGUGCUAUUCGGUCCGCUUGCUACGCGCACUCUUGCACCGUUGCUGGAUCGAUUGGCAUCGUGCUUUCAGCAGACAGGAUUGCCAGGCUACGUGUGGAUUGUGGGUAAAUGCAUCGACCAGUUUGGCAGAGAAGGUAAUGCGGCUACGAGUGCAGCACUUCAAGGAGCAUUGGAAAGGCUCAAUGGCAAGGUGGUGCAUCUGAUGGAGAACACGAUGCCCUCCGAGAUGGGCGAUGUUCUGGACGACUACAUCAACACGUGCCUUGUGACUCUGCAGAACAGACCAUCGAUGCUGCUGCUGUCACCGCAAUUCACGCACGUAUUCCGUGCAGCGUUGGCUGCGCUGACCCUCCUCAAGACGGAGACCAUUUUGACGACAGUGGACUUUGUUCUAGGUAUCGUCGGACACGAUGCGCUGAUGAUACCAGUGACAGCAUCUCAACCCGGUACACCGCUGGGGGCGACGAAUGCCCAGGGCGCAGAUGGCACGCCGUCGAUGGAUGACAUGACGAACUACGCUGCAGCCAUCCGACAGGUGGUAGGCCAACAGGGCUUCCAGCUGGCCUCGGUGUUGUUCAACGGGCUUGUGACGGAAUACAGCCCCGAGGUGAUGCCGGUUGUGACCACGACGCUCAAGGUGCUCUCCUCUGGCUUUGCUCAAGAGAUGGCGGCGUGGGUGCCUGGCAUUGUGGAACAGCUGCCGACAAGCUAUGUGCCCGAAAAGGACAAGGUGGCGUUUGUCGAACGCUAUCUGCACGCCAUCAACGGCCUCAAAAGCAUGGAAGAGAUCAAGCAGUCUCUGCAUGGGCUGUACUCCGCUUCGCGACAGGCGCGGGAAAGGACACGCGCCAACCGAGAAGAAGGCUCUGCUGCGCUACUGGAUCGUUGA